UGAGGCAUGUUAGAGUUGAGAACUCUGUUACCGUCUUCAAGCCUCAGAGGCAAACCGUCCUCUGACAAGUGCAAAGAUGGAAUGAACUGAGAAAAUAACAAGAUAAUAUCGACAAAUAGGUGAACAAAGCGCUGCUCAGUAUGGAGCCAAAAGACGAGCAGAUACCUCGAUGGAGAGUGGGGUCCGGCUCCAGUCUACGCUACGGCGCUUUUGUGAACAGCAUGUCAUCGCUCACACCAAGGGCAGAGGAAAAGGAGAAAGUGACCAUAUCACCUAGACGUGCCUACCUAGCUGUGGCCGUGCUUUGCUACAUCAACUUGCUGAACUACGCAGAACGGUACACCAUUGCAGGUGUCCUUCCCAACAUUCAGGAAUUCUUUGAAAUAAGUGACAGUACGGCUGCACUUAUACAAACAGUCUUCAUCAGCAGUUUUCUACUUUUGGCGCCUCUCUUUGGUUACCUUGGAGACCGUUACAACCGGAAAUACAUCAUGAUUGGUGGUUUGAGUGUUUGGCUUGUGACUGCAGCCGGCAGCUCAUUGGUCACAAAGUCGUACUUCUGGCUUCUGAUGCUGUUACGAGCCAUGGUCGGGAUAGGAGAGGCCAGCUACUCCACCAUUGCUCCCACCAUCAUCGGUGACCUCUUUGUUGGGACCAAACGUAGCGCCAUGAUCUUGGUCUUUUAUCUCUUUAUCCCCGUAGGAAGUGGUCUUGGAUACAUAACAGGGGCAGGGGUUGCUGCUCUAACAGGAGACUGGCACUGGUCUCUCAGGAUCACCCCCAUCUUGGGUGUAGUGGGACUUGUCUUGCUGGUGUUCUUAUGCCCUAACCCACCCAGAGGUGCUGCAGAAACCCAAGGAGAGGGAGUUAAUGUGGCGAGCUCUUACCAGGAGGACGUCAAGUAUCUUCUGAAAAAUAAGAGUUAUGUGUGGUCAUCGUUAGGGGUGACGGCUACGGCCUUCCUCACCGGAGCCCUGGGUUUCUGGACGCCAACUUUUCUAUCCAGAGCUCGGUUCAAUCAGGGACUCAUAUCAGAGUGCGUCAAAGAGCCAUGUGACUCCACGGACAGUUACAUCUUCGGCGCUGUGACGGUGGUGACGGGCAUUCUGGGAGCUUGUCUUGGCAGUGUUUUAUCUCGAUGGUUUGGUGUAAAGGUGGCAAAUGUGGACCCUCUGAUCUGCGCCGUAGGGCUGCUGGGAUCGGCACCGUGCCUCUUUGUUGCCAUCUUCGUGGCAUCUGCAAGUAUUACCACAACUUAUGUAUUCAUUUUCAUUGGUGAACUUUUGAUAUCACUGAACUGGGCUGUCAUGGCCGACAUACUGCUGUAUGUUGUCGUACCAACCAGAAGAUCCACUGCUGAGGCUCUUCAGAUUUCAGUCUGUCAUCUCCUGGGUGAUGCUGGCAGUCCUUACUUAGUAGGAGUGAUCUCUGAUGCUAUACGCAGAUCGAAACCUGAGAAUCAGGGUUGGAGCUUCCACAGUCUGAAGUACAGCCUCCUAGUCUGCCCAUUUGUUGGGAUCCUGGGUGGAGUGUUUUUCCUCUUGACUUCUGUUUACAUUACAGAAGACAGGAGGGUAGCUGCACUAUCGAUUGAAGGAACACCACAGCAGGGUGCUACAUCCGAGCCACCGAUAGAACUGAGCAACGGGGACAAAACUGUAAUCAUUGAAAGUUAAGACAACAACUUUUGGACAAGAUCCCUUAUUAUUAUUUUACAACCCACACUGAUGACGGGUGCAAGAGGAGAUGCUUUUUUUAAUGCUGUCUGUUUACCCAUGGUUCAAUUGUAUCUCCUUCUGAUGCAAUCAAGUCACAACAAGGGCUUUAAAAUAGACUAAAUACAGCACUCUCGUUUUUGGAAUGAGUUCAUACCUGCAUGCCUGAAAACGAGUAUCACGUGAUUAUUAUCCUACACAGAAUAUACUCUAACGGACAAAUUUCAUGGGGAAAAAUAUGAGUUAUGGGGCUGCAGGUCUAGAUAUUUUUCUCAUUCACACACAUCUAAUUUACUUUAAAAUGAACACAUACCAAUCAAAGUUUCAAAGUUUUCUGGUCAAUACAUUUCUUUAUUUAAAAUGUAUUUGUAAAUUUCAGAAUAGUUGUGCAGAACAAUAAAAGCAUUUUUAAUAUUUAUAAUAAUUUAAGCAUUAUCAUAAGCAUUGUCUACGCCUUGGCGUUACUCGAUAAUAAAGUGAAACAAUAGGGUGAAUAAUACAAACGUAAUAGUGUGAAGGUAGCCUUUGCGCUUCAAUUUUGUUGAACAAAAACUUCACCCGAUAGGAAACAUGGAAUCAGUUAUGCUUUUACUGCUGUCGGCCUCAUAAACAUUUUUGCAAUAUUGCAAGGAAUUCGACGGCCCUGUUAUGUUUUGUGCUUAUCUUAAAAGGUAUAUGCUUAUUAUGUGUCAGUGGAAUGGUUGUUUUUCAUUUUUUUAAUACAUUUGCAUGUGAAACUGUUAAGUGCAGUUCCCUCCUUCCAACUUGGGAGAACUCUCUGCCUUUCGUCUUUCUGUCCAUCUCUCUCUUUCCAUCUUUCCAUCUGUCCAUCUGUCCUCCCUCCCUCUCUGUCUGCUGAGUCCCUCAGCCCCUUUAAAUCCAGAUUAAAGACUUUUCUGUUUCCUGCUGCCUAUAAUUGACCGUUUCUGCAAUUCAGAAUUCUUAAAGACAUUGUUAAAUUACACUUAAUGUAUUUUUUUUCCUCUUAAUGACUGUUUUUCUUUUAUGUUUCAUUCAAUGUUUAUGUGAAGCACUGAAUUGCCUUGUUGUUGAAAUGUGCUACACAAAUAAAAUUGCCUUGCCUUGCCUUCCUCCGUCAUUUCCACUCUUGUCCCUCAACAAUCAAAAUUCACCGGUAAGAUGUAUGUUCAUGGAGGGAUGUGUUCACUUUGCUUCAAAAAGUUUUUUGCAGAAGACCUUUUUACUGAAUACAUCUACUUCCACCCCGGACUCCUCCAAAAGACACAGUCAAUAAGCUCCAUCCUUAUCCUUAAAAGGAACAUGGGAUAAGAUAAUUCUUCAUUAGUCAAAUGGAUGGAAAUUUUGCAGGAUUGCAGCACAGGAGACAGCAGUAGAAAAUAUAAAUAAAGUAAAAAUAAGACAAAGAAGUACUCAAAUAAAUAAUCAAACAGUAAAGGCAUGAUAAAUAAGUCAAUCAAAGUAAAAGUUAAA